CUCCGCUCUACAGUUUUGAUAUUUUUUGGUGGCCGAACGAUCGACGGUGCAGAUCAGGAUGGGAUCGCUUUUCAACCUGUAUACCCUAUACCAUCUCAGGUUUCUUUGUCUAUAUGCAAUGGAGAUUUCAAGAAUAUCGAGUGCUGAUAAGCAUCAUCUUCGGAGUAUUCUUUCUAGCAAGAUUUAUAUUAGGUGUUGGGCUUUUGAUCUAUAAAUGGCGAAGAAGGCAUUUGUCAAUAUAUAGCACAAUAGAAGACUUUUUACAGAGCGAUAGCAAGUUCAUCCCAAUAAGAUACUCUCACUCAGAUAUUAAGAAGAUGACUCAUGGCUUCAAGGACAAGUUGGGUGAAGGAGGCUAUGGCACUGUAUUUAAAGCAAAGUUACGAAGUGGACGUUUUGGAGCCAUUAAGAUGCUAGGCAAGCCCAAAGCUAAUGGACAAGAAUUCAUUAACGAAGUAGCCACAAUUGGGAGGAUACAUCAUGUUAAUGUGGUGCAACUUAUUGGUUAUUGUGUUGAGGGCUCUAAGUGUGCUCUGGUAUAUGAUUUCAUGCCAAAUGGAUCUUUGGAAAAAUACAUUUAUUUUAAAGAGGCAAGUGUUUCGUUGGGUUGUGAUAAAAUGUAUGAGAUUUGUCUUGGAGUGGCUAAAGGGAUAGAGUAUCUACAUCAAGGUUGUGACAUGCAAAUUUUGCAUUUUGAUAUCAAGCCUCACAACAUUUUACUUGAUGAGAAUUUUAUCCCAAAAAUUUCUGACUUUGGGCUUGCAAAAUUAUAUCCAACAGAUGAUAGCAUUGUCUCUUUAACAGCGGCAAGGGGUACAAUGGGAUAUAUAGCUCCUGAGUUGUUCUACAAAAAUCUAGGAGGUGUGUCAUGCAAAGCUGAUGUUUAUAGUUUUGGAAUGUUGUUAAUGGAAAUGGUAAGCAGAAGGAAGAAUUUGAAUGCAAUUGCAACUCAUUCAAGCCAAAUUUACUUUCCUUCAUGGGUGUAUGAUCAGUAUAAUGAGGGAAAUGACUUGGAGAUGGUUCUAGAGGAGGAAAGGCACAUAAUAAAAAAGAUGGUUAUAACCGCCUUAUGGUGUAUACAACUAAAGCCCGAUGAUCGUCCUUCAAUGAAAACAGUUAUAAAGAUGCUGGAAGGAAGUGUUGAAUUCCUAAAAAUGCCACCUAAGCCUUUUUUGUGUCCACAACAGAUGCCUGUAGCAAAUGUAAGUGAUGGUAAUAUGGAUCCAGCAUGUUCUAAUACAGAGCUAACAAUAUCUACUUUGUCAACUAGGUAAUAUCAACUAGAAUGGACUUCAUCUGUUUGAAUUUCAAUCCAAUUUAGUUGUUAUUAAACACGCACUAUUGGGGUCUGUGUGUAUAGUGAAUCUGCGUCCUCUGCAUUUGAAGUGGAGGCUAAAGCUGUUAGGGUAGCUAGUGCUGGCAGUUCAGUUCCAACUUGCUCCUA